AUGGCUGGGACCCUGCAGCUCUCAUGGCUCUUCUUCAUACUCGUCUUCCUCCUGGUGGCCCUGCAGGGAGAGCCGAAGGACAGCAGACAGCAGACACAGCCUCGGCUCCUGUCAGAUAACGGCCACCUUGUCUUCACACCUGGAGACAGUAAGGACAUUCGCUUCCAGCCCUCCGGAUCUGGCCGGGUCAAAGUCGGGGAUGAAGACCUGACCCAGCUGUUAGAGCAGAUCAAAACCAACAAAGAAGAAAUAGAUGAUAUCAAGGCUCAUGGAGGAGGCGACGUCACCAACCGGUUAAACCAGCUGGACACCAAGGUGUCAGCGCUGGAGACUCAGGUGAAUUCUCUUGAGCAGACGGUGCAGAAGGUCUCCUGCAGCAGUAACCCCUGCCAGAACGGAGGAACGUGUCUGAACCUGCUGAACUCCUACCACUGCCUCUGUCCCAACAGCUGGAGCGGUCCAACCUGCACCACCGACGUAAACGAAUGCCAGACUUUUGCAGGAACAUCUCAGAGUUGUCAGAAUGGAGCAACAUGCAACAACACCCCCGGGUCCUUCACCUGUACCUGUUCUCCAGAAUGGUCCGGGACCCUCUGCACUGUUCGCUAUGAUGACUGUAGGAACGCUGGACAGGACCUGUGUGUUCAUGGCUUAUGCAUCGAUGCAGAUCGGGUGACACCUGGACAGCCCAAGUACCAGUGCAUCUGUGAACAUGGCUGGGAGUCUCCAGCUGGGAACCCGGCAUGUGUGGCUGAUGUUGACGAGUGUAACCUCCCCACCAAGCCCUGCUCAGCCAACCCUCCUGUGUCCUGCUACAACACCCAGGGUUCCUUCUACUGUGGAGCCUGUCCUGCUGGUUGGCAAGGCAACGGCUACAGCUGUCAGGACGUGAACGAAUGUUUGACGAAUAAUGGCGGCUGCUCCACUGCUCCACUGGUUCAAUGCCUGAAUACCAUGGGUUCCUUCCACUGUGGAUCCUGUCCUCCAGGUUAUGAAGGAGAUGGAAAAACAUGCACACAGAGUAACAUCUGCUCCUCCAACAACGGAGGCUGCUACCCGUUAGCUACCUGCUCCUCCGCCCCAGGUUCCAGCCUGCCCAUAUGUACCUGCCCACCAGGGUACGCUGGUAAUGGUUAUGGUCCAACUGGCUGCACCCCGACCAGCGACACCUGUCAGACCAACAACCCCUGUGUCAACGGACAGUGUGUGAGUACCUCCUCGGCUCCUGGCUACAUCUGUAACUGUAACUCGGGCUGGCAAGGACCCAUCUGUGACCAGAAUAUCAAUGAAUGCUCAAGCAACCCUUGUCAAAACGGAGGGACCUGCGUCGACGGCGUAAAUGGGUUCACUUGUACUUGCACGUCCCAGUGGACCGGCCCACUCUGCCAGACCCAGCAACAAGAGUGUGGAGGCAGCCUGACUGGCCCCGCUGGCUCUUUCAGCUAUCCAAACACCCCGGGUCAUGAUGAGUACGAUCACCAGGUCAGCUGUGCAUGGGUGAUCCGCACUGAUUCAAAUAAGAUCCUGCGCAUCACAUUUCCCUUCUUCCAUCUGGAAAACAGCGCCAACUGCAACUACGACUUUCUUCAGGUGCAUGAUGGAGACAGCGCCUCUGCGUUCAUGAUGGGAAAAUACUGUGGAGAAAAUAACCCAGCAGAACUCCUCAGCUCACACAAUUCUUUAUAUUUCUGGUUUCGCUCGGACCAUUCAAUCAGUGGUGGAGGCUUCACAGUAGUCUGGGAGUCUCAGGAUCCAGUGUGUGGAGGUGAGCUAACGGCCCCCUACGGCAGCAUAAACUCACCAGGCUAUCCUGGAAACUACCCCCCUGACCGGGACUGCUAUUGGAUGGUGACGGUGGCGCCUGGCCUUCUCAUUACCUUUGCAUUCGGGACCCUCAGUCUGGAAUCACAUCCAGACUGCAGCUAUGACUUUCUGGAGAUCAGAGACGGAUUUCUACCUGUAGACCCUGUUCUUGGAAAGUACUGCACUACUGCCUCACCACCACCUCUGCAGACCACUGGACCAAACGCAUGGAUCCACUUCCACUCCGACUUCAGUGUUUCUGACAGAGGCUUCCACAUCACGUACACAACAUCACCGAGUGACCCUGGUUGUGGUGGUACAUUCACAGACAGUGAGGGCAUCAUCAUUUCCCCCAACUGGCCAAAUAACUACGCCCACAACCGCCAGUGUAUCUACCUGAUUAGCUUACCAUCAGGUGGGAAGGUUUCCCUCAACUUCACCCACAUGGACCUGGAGAGUCACAGCGGCUGCUCCUUUGACUACGUGGAGGUCCGUGAUGGAAACAUGGAAGAUGAUCCUCUGAUAGGGAAGUACUGUGGGAGUACGCUACCAGCUCCCCUUCGCUCGUCCUCCAACUCCAUGUGGAUUCGCUUCAAGUCUGACAGUUCAGUCAGCCGAGCCGGUUUCAGGGCCGUUUAUACCGUUGCUUGUGGUGGUACUUUGUCUGGGACUGGGACAAUACAGUCUCCCUACCAUCCUAAUCCCUACCCCCACGACAAGGUCUGUGAGUGGGUCAUCAACCAGCAGCCCGGCUAUGUGGUCACCCUUAACUUCCUGUCCUUUGACAUCGAGGGAGGCUCCUGCAGUUUUGACUUUGUUGAGGUCCGGGACGGGUCCACGUCCAGCUCUCCUUUGCUGGGGAAGUUUUGUGGAAGUGAAAUUCCUGCGACCCUGCAGUCCACACAGAGAUCCAUGUACAUCAGAUUCAGGACCGACUCCUCUCUCAGCAACCUCGGCUUCGAAGCGGUCUACGAUGCUGCCAUGGAGGGCUGUGGAGAAACCCUGACUGGUCCUUCGGGCACCAUUACCAGCCCCGGCCACCCCACCAACUACCCUCAUGGUGCUAACUGUACCUGGUACAUCACUGUUGCCCCGGGCAACCUGAUACGCCUCUCCUUCUCCUCAUUUAACCUGGAGUAUCAUGCUAACUGUAACUAUGAUUACCUGGAAGUCUACGACAAUGGGACAGUGCAGACCGGACACCUGAUUGGCCGGUAUUGUGGGCGGUCCGUUCCUCCUUCCAUCACAAGCUCCGAUAACCAGCUGACCCUGCUGUUUGUGGCGGACUCCAGUUUAUCCACCGAAGGCUUCUCUGCCAGCUAUGUUUCCUUCAAUGCCUCCACAGACUGUGGCGAGUCCUUCACCUCCCCGACAGGCGUCUUCACCUCCCCCAACCAUCCUGCCUACUACCCCAGCAGCAGAGACUGCAUCUUUAAGAUCACCGUGCAGCUCAACAUGCAGAUCAUGCUCAACUUCACCAGCUUUAAUCUAGAGGGCUCACCUCCUUCUUGCAACUUUGACUUUGUGGAGAUCAGGGACGGUGGCUAUGAGACCUCACCCUUGAUUGGGAAGUUUUGCGCCAAUCAGGGGCCUCCAGUUUUGGUGUCCCAUAGCAACCGUCUAUGGGUUAGAUUCCACUCUGAUGCCUCAGUCACGUAUCCUGGAUUCAUUGCCCACUGGGAUGGAACACAGACUGGCUGUGGAGGAACAUUAACAACUGCAGUUGGAACAUUUUCCUCUCCUAACUACCCCCUGCCAUACCAUCCUAAUGCUGAGUGCUACUGGACCAUUAAGACCAGCCACGGCAGCCAGGUCCAGCUCUCUUUCUCCGAUUUCCACCUGGAGUCCAGCUCCUCCUGCACUUUUGAUUACGUGGCUGUGUUUGAUGGAAGCAGCAGCAAUGCUCCAGAGCUGGCUAGGUUGUGUGGCAGUGAGCUGCCCAGCUCCAUCAACUCUUCCAACAAUCAGCUGUACGUCAAACUCCGGACAGACAGCAGCGUCAACGCUGGAGGCUUCAUCGGAUCCUACUCUUCCAAAUGUCACGACAUAAUCAUCUCAGGCCGACACCGUGGAAUGAUCGAGUCACUGAACUUUCCUAACAACUACCCAGACAACUCCAUGUGCAGCUGGACCAUCCAUGCCACCAGUGGAAACACCAUCAACUACACCUUUACUUCCUUUGAGUUAGAGGGCUUUGGAAGCGACUGUUUCCAUGACUACGUCAAGCUCUAUGAUGGGCCUAACGAGCAAGCUCCUCUGGUCGGUACAUUCUGUGGAUAUACUCCACCUCCAGCCAACACCACCACACACUCCACCCUCACCAUGGUGUUCAGAUCCGACUAUUCAAUAACCAGGACUGGAUUUCAGAUGAUGUGGUACCAGAAUGGUUGUGGUGGGGACCUCUCUGGCCCCAACGGCUCUUUGAACAGCCCGGGCUACCCCAGCAGGUACCCUGAUAACACCGAGUGUAUCUGGUACAUCACCACAUCAGGUGGCAGCAGCAUUACCCUCACCAUACACGAGUUUGAUGUGGAGUUCCACCAAGACUGCAACUAUGAUGUGCUGGAAGUGUAUGGAGGCCCAGACCUGUCAGCCCCUCGGUUGGCCAGACUCUGCACCACCACGUCAAAGCCGAUGCAGGUCUCCAGCACUGGAAGCAUCCUCACAGUGCGCUUCAAGUCUGACGCCUACGUUAGCGGUCGAGGGUUCAACGCCAGCUGGUCUGAAGUCCAAGGAGGCUGUGGAGGUCCGGUCACAGCUCCGUCUGGGGAGAUCCACUCUCCGCUGUAUCCCAGCAGCUACCCCAACAAUGCCGACUGCUCCUGGACCGUCAGCGUGGACGCCAACCACCGCGUCUUCCUCAACUUCACCGACCUGGACAUAGAAUAUCACAGCGGCUGUCUCUGGGACUACGUCGCGAUCCAUGAUGGUCCGACCAUGUCCUCCCCUCUGCUCGCCCAAGUGUGUGGUACCAGUACGCCCCCCAUCACCUCCACCCAGAGCACCAUCUAUGUUCGCUUUAGGUCUGACUCCAGUGGCAACCACCGGGGCUUCAGCGCUCACUUCUCAGAGGCUUGUGGUGCAACCAUCUUGACAGACGACAAUGGUGGGUCCAUAGCAUCGCCGCGGUACCCAAGACCGUACCCACCGGACCUGGACUGCAGCUGGAUCAUCAAAGCUCAGGAACCAUUCAACCAUGUGACCCUGUCAUUCACUGACUUGGAGUUGGAGAUGAUCAACAGCAACUGUUCACACGAUGCCGUGGAGAUCCUGGAUGGAGACAACUACCAGGCGCCCUCUAUAGGGCGCUACUGUGGAACUGAGUUGCCUCAUCCGGUGACAUCAUUCAGCAACUCUUUGGUGGUCAACUUCACCUCCGACCACUCGGUCUCUAAGAAAGGGUUCAGAGCGACCUACACCGCCUCCACCUCCAGUUGUGGAGGAGAUCUGUUGAUGGAGACUGGUGCGUUCAACAGUCCCAACUACCCGGAUGCCUACCCUCCGAACAUGGAGUGUGUCUGGACCAUCACAAGUUCACCUGGAAACCGCGUCCAGCUCUCAUUCAUCAUGUUUCACCUUCAGGGAGGCUCAGACUGUGGAAAUGACUAUGUGGAAAUCAGAGAAGGUAACUCCAGCGGCUCUCUGGUUGGUCGCUUCUGUGGAAGCUCUCUUCCCUCCAACUACACCUCUGUGACUGGCCACGUCCUCUGGGUGAAGUUCGUCUCCGAUGCAUCGGACAGUGGAGCAGGAUUCAGAGCCACGUUCGCUCAUCUGUACGGCAUUGACGUGGUUGGCGAGUCUGGUGAGAUCGCAUCCCCACUCUACCCCAGGACUUAUCCCAAUAAUGCCCACUACCGCUGGACCAUAACUGUGGACGGAGACAGUUUCAUCCAGAUCCGAUUCGUGGACAUGGACAUAGAGGACCUGUAUGACUGCUACUAUGACCAUCUGAAAAUAUUUGAUGGCCCAGAUGUUAAUCAUUACUCCAUUGGUACGUUCUGUGGUCUGGACCUACCUCCUCCUGUGAGAAGUUCAGGAAGCUCGGUCACCUUGCAGUUCCUGUCAGAUUCAGUGAUGGGAGGACGAGGCUUCCUGGUAGAAUGGACUGCUGUGCAGGACUCUGGACCACCUCCCACUAUCCCACCAGGUGCAUGUGGUGGAAUGGCGAUGACAGGGGAGACUCCUGGUUUCCUGUAUUCUCCUGGAUGGCCUGAAAACUACCCUCAUAACCAGGAGUGUACCUGGCUGAUCCGCUCUCCGGACUCCAUAGUGGAGUUUAACUUCCUGUCUGUUGACAUGGAGGGCAGCCCACCAUGCUACUAUGACAGCAUUGUUAUCAGAGAUGGUGCAACCAGUCUAUCCCCUGUCCUGGCCAGUGUCUGUGGUCGAGUUCCUCCUGGUCCUCUCCACUCCACAGGAGACUCCAUGUUUAUCCACUUCUCUUCAGACGGCAUUGUGAAUGGACAAGGCUUCAAUGCCUCCUACUCCAAAGGUUGUGGUGGUCUCCUGCAUGUAAACAGAGGUGUAGUGAGCAGUCCCCACUAUCCCCAGAACUACCUUCCUGGUCUGGACUGUGGCUGGCAUGUGAUGGUCGAGCCUGGUUUUAAGGUGUCUGUGACCUUUGAAAGUCCCUUCCAGGUUCAGGGCUAUGGAACUGGAUGCAGCACCGGAGAUUACCUGGAGGUCAGAAAUGGUCCGGAUGCUUCAUCUCCUCUCCUCGGAGGACGUUUGUGUGGUUCAACCCCCCCGUCCUUCCUCCUGACCACCGACAACAACAUGUUUAUUAAAUUUGUCUCUGACUCGAGCAACGAGGGCAGCGGCUUUAAGCUGACGUUCGAGGCUCACAGUCAGGCGUGCGGAGGUUUCAUUGAGCUCAAUGACAAUGAUCCACCCGGCUACAUCACUUCACCCAACUAUCCUCAGAACUACCCCGUGAACAUCGACUGUAUCUGGGUCAUCACAGUGCCCAACGGAGAAGCCGUCCAAAUCGACUUUGAGGAUUUUUACAUCGAGCCUGUAUCCAGCUGUUCCUAUGACUACUUGGAGCUCCGAGAUGGCUCGACGUUAAACUCUGACUUAAUUUCUCGGCUCUGUGGCAACACCCGACCAUCUACCCAGCAUUCAACAGGACCUGCCAUGCUGCUGAGGUUUCGUACAGACCACAGUGUUACACACCAAGGAUUCAAGGCAAAGUACUCCAUAGCAACGUGUGGAGGAACUUAUUUCGGUCAGAGCGGAUCGCUCCACAGUCCUGGCUUCCCAGGAUCUAACUAUCCUGAUGGCUCCAGCUGUGAGUGGUACCUGGAGGGGCCCACUGGACACUACCUCACCCUCAGCUAUGAGAACUUCAACCUGCAGAGCUCCUCAGAAUGCACAGCGGACUACGUGGAGAUCAGGGAUUACAAUGCUUCUGGACAACUGCUGGGCCGACACUGUGGCAGUAAUCUUCCAGCUCCUCUGGACACGUCUGACAGUUUCGCUUACGUCAAGUUUGUUUCCGACACAAGUAUAAACGCAGCUGGAUUCAGACUGACUUUUGAAGCCAGCGUUGAAGCUUGUGGAGGGGAGUUGAAUGCACCCUCAGGAACCAUCUCCUCUCCCAAUUAUCCCAAUCUGUACCCGCACAGCCGAGUGUGUCGCUGGGAGGUGGUGGUGGCGCCGGGCCGCAGGGUCACGCUCACCAUCAACGACCUGAGGCUGGAAGGUUCUGGUACCUCCUGCGUGUUCGACUACCUUGAUGUCCUGAAUGGGCUGGCAGCUGAUGCCCCCCACCUACAGAGAUUCUGUGGUACAGUAUCAGCAGGUACUCAGGUGCAUUCUUCAGGUAACACCAUGGCCAUCGUCUUCAGGACCGAUGCUUCUGUGUCCAACGGCGGCUUCAUGGCGACUUACUCCUCUGAUGAGCCUGCAGUUUGUGGCGGUAUCCUGGACAACCCACAAGGCGGGAACUUCACCUCCCCUGGCUACCUUCUCUCUAACUACAGCAACAACCUCAACUGUGAGUGGUUGAUCCACAACCCACGUCAGGUCAACUCUUCGAUUGUGGUGCUCAUAGAAGAUCUACACCUGGAGAACCAUCAGACCUGUGACUCUGAUUUCCUCCAGUUCCGCUUAGGUGACUCACAUGGGGAGCUGUUGGCCAGGUUUUGUGGACAAACCAUCCCUCCAGUUCCCAUUGUGGUCUCCACCUCACACCUCUGGGUCCAUUUCCAGACUGAUUCUCAGCAGGGAGAUUUGGGCUUCAAGGCCAAGUACAUGUUUCCUGAAUGUGGGGGCUGGCAGUCGGGUGAAGGAGGGCUGAUCUCCAGCCCUAACUACCCCGACCUCUACCCCAGCCCCAGUCGCUGUGCUUGGCUGCUUGAAGCUCCAGCAGGACACACCAUCACGCUGACCUUCAGCUACUUCAACGUGGAGCCCCACUCCACAUGUGGCUGGGAUUCUGUCACCAUCUUCAACGGAGCUUCCCCUGGUUCUCCUGUUAUUGGCCAGUACUGUGGCACCACCUCCCCAGGAGUCAUCCAGUCUGGCUCCAAUAAACUUGUUGUAGUUUUCCUGGCUGACCAUAUUGUGUCUAAAGGUGGAUUUUUAGCGUCCUGGUCUACAGACUCUUCAGGCUGUGGAGGGGUGAUCCAUGCCGAUACAGGUACAAUCAAGUCACCAAACUAUCCCCAGAACUUUCCAGCUAAUGUGGAGUGUUCCUGGAGGAUUGUUGCCCAUGAGGGAAACCACUUAGAGAUGAGCUUCAACAAUGAGUUUGAGAUUCCCGGGACCUGCCAGAACAGCUACAUCAAGGUGUGGUCGGGUCAGACUGAGAAUACUGAUGAUCUUCUGGUGACUGGCUGCGGUUCAGUGGCCCCGGCCCCCGUCGUCGCUCCAUACAACAUCAUCACAAGUCGAUUCCAGUCUACUGAAGCGCCUGGCAAGGGUUUCUCCCUCUCCUUCACUACAAGGUGUGGUGCCAACUUCACAGCUCCUACUGGUCGGGUGGUUUCUCCAAACUAUCCAGACAACUACCCUGACUUCUCCAACUGUAACUACACUAUAGAUGCUGGGCUGCAGACUGUCAUCAUCCUCACCUUUAACGUCUUCCAAACAGAAGCACACUCCACCUGUGUUUAUGAUGGGCUGAAGAUCUACAACCUGGCCACUGGUGGAUCUGCUAUUGCCGUUGUAUGCGGCACUAACAUUCCAGGGCCCUUUUCCACAUUUGGCCCCAUGUUACUUCAUUUCUACUCAGACUCUGUGAUCACACACCGUGGCUUCAUGGCAGAAUACAGAGCCAUCCCAUGCGGUGGUUUCUUCAACAGCACCUCAGGGACAGUGAGCAGUGCGGGACUCUCCAUGACCAAUUACCACCACAACAUCAACUGUACCUACCACAUAAUGGUCCAGGCAGACAGAGUGAUGGAUCUCAAGUUCAACACUUUCCAUCUGGAGGCAUCUUCUUCAUGUAUCUAUGACCAUGUUGCUGUUUAUGAUGGACCAGACACCUUUGCACCCUUACUGGGGAAAUUCUGUGGUACAGUGCUCCCACCUAACCUGCGCUCCUCCACCAACCAGUUAUUCAUCGUAUUCAGGACAGACGCCUCCAUUAAUGGGAUCGGCUGGAGAGCUACUUACCACGAAACACUUGGUCCAGCACAGGGAUGUGGUGGCUACCUCUCCAUGCCUAUGGGCAUGUUUGGGUCACCAGAUCCAAACCUGGAUGGACGCUAUGAGCCCAUGAUGGACUGCGUAUGGACCAUCGAGAUGCCGGUGAACAGGGUGAUAAACCUGACCUUCAGCUCUUUUGAUCUGGAGAGCUCGUCUAACUGCUACUACGACUAUGUCAAGAUCUAUGACGGUGACAACAUGAACUUCCCCCUGGCUGGAAAAUUUUGUGGUGUUUCCAUCCCGAGUUACUUCGUGUCGAGUGGAAACUUCCUGACGGUUCAGUUUGUCACUGAUAGCGUGGUUCAGAGGUCAGGAUUCAAUGCCACCUACCGAGCAAUGCCUAGGGUUUGCGGCGGGACCCUGAACGCCACAACAACCAUACAGACCCUGACUUCACCUUCCUUCCCCAGCGUCUAUCCUCCUUACACCAACUGUCGCUGGAUCCUGGAUGCUCCACCCCAGGAAACCAUCAACAUUUCAGUCCAGACCUUCGUCCUUCAGCCCACGCAGGAUUGCUCCACAAACUACCUGGAGAUGAACGACUGGCCAUUGGGAGACUACGGGCAGUCACAUAAGUUCUGUGCAUCGGACAUUCAUCCUCCAGACUUCUAUAGCUAUGGCAGAACAGUCCUUGUGCACUUUAAAUCUGACACCUUCAUGACAGGAAACGGACUCAGUUUCAGCUAUCAAAUCGCCAGCUGUAGCCGGACCUAUGAACAGGAAUAUGGCUACCUGAAGAGUCCAGGCUGGCCUGACAUCUACCCCCACAAUAUGGACUGCACCAUCAUCCUGAAGGCCCCACAGAACAGCUACAUCUCUUUCUUCUUCAACCAGUUUGAUCUGGAGAGCCACAGCAGCUGUAGCUUCGACUAUCUGGAGAUCCGUAAUGGAAGUACAGCAGACUCUCCUCUGAUUGGUCGCUUCUGUGGCAGCAUCCUUCCCAACCCCAUCUUUCCACAAUCCAACCAGCUCUACAUGCGCUUCAAGAGUGACUUUUCCAUGGCGCGAGAUGGUUUUGAUGCCACAUGGACAUCUUCUCCUCACAGUUGUGGUGGUACUCUGUUUGGUGACCAUGGCUCAGUGGCAAGCCCCAACUACCCCGGAAGCUACCCUAACAUGAGCCAUUGUGAGUGGAGCAUCAAAGCACCCAGAGGUCGGGUGGUGACCGUCACCUUUGCCCAGAUCAGUAUUGAUGACCCAGGAGAUUGUCAGAACAACUUCCUGAAGUUGUAUGAUGGCCCAGACACUUCCUCCCCACCUGUUGGACCUUAUUGUGGAUUGGAAACCGACAUCGCUCCAUUUACAUCCUCCUCCCACCACGUCUAUGUAGUCUUCCAAGCCCAGCAGCCCACCUUACCGUCAGGCUUUAGACUCACUUGGAGCAGCUGAAGGACAACCUCCUUUGAACGAGCACACCAGCAAACCAUCUCUAAAUCCACCACAUUUUAUCUACUCGGCUACGACGACCCAAUAACACGAUGAGUAAGAAAAUCUACUGAAAGGAACUGAAGUUCAUCCUGAUAUUUGUUUAGUGUUGAAUGUUCAAACGUAUUUAAUGCACUUUUAUUUCUACUUAAUAGAUCUUGAUUUCAUAUUUUUCUCUCUUUCCUCCUGUUUGUGUGUAUUUAUGACCCUGAGUCUGUUUAAUAAAGACUGAAUGAAUAAAAAUAUGAAUCAUGUGCUGAUUAAUUGUAAAUAUAAGAGCUCUGAGAACUUUGUCAUGAGUUUUACUGAAGACAAAUAAAA